AUGGAGACAAGCCCUGUGCUUUUUUAUGCAGGACCUCAUUUGCUUAGUUUUCUGGCUCUUGUUCUCUUAUAUGUUGUUUCUUCUCCUUGUUCUGCUAGUCUCUUUUUCAACUUUUAUGGAGCUUCAUGCCCAACUGCUGAACUUAUUGUCGCAAACACAGUGAGAUCAGCUUCCUCUUCUGACCCUACUGUCCCAGGGAAGCUACUCCGUUUGGUUUUCCAUGACUGCUUUGUAGAGGGAUGUGAUGCAUCUGUCAUGCUACAAGGAAAUGGGACGGAGCGAAGUGAUCCAGGGAAUGGGUCUCUAGGAGGGUUUCAAGUUAUCGAUUCAGCUAAAAGAAUGCUUGAAAUCUUCUGUCCAGGAACUGUAUCUUGUGCUGAUGUCGUUGCUUUAGCUGCUAGAGAUGCUGUUGCGAUCACAGGUGGACCUGAGCUUCAGAUUCCAACUGGUAGGAGAGACGGGAGGGUAUCUGCAGCGGCAAAUGUGAGACCUAAUAUCAUAGACACAUCCUUUACAAUGAAUGAGAUGAUUAACAUUUUCACAGCUAAAGGAUUAUCCCUUGAGGACCUUGUUGUGCUAUCAGGAGCUCACACUAUAGGAUCAGCUCAUUGCAGCGCAUUCAGUGAUCGGUUCCAACUGGACUCCAAGGGGAAGCGCACACUCAUCGACUCAUCUCUAGACAGGAAUUAUGCCGAUGAGCUAAUGCAAAGAUGUCCAGUGCAUGCAAGCGAUUCAAUAACAGUUGUCAACGAUCCUGGAACAUCCUCGUCAUUCGAUAAUCAGUACUACCAAAACCUAGUAGCCCACAAAGGCCUUUUCCAAUCAGAUUCUGUUCUUUUAGAUGACAAAAGAACAAGGGCCCUAGUAGAGGAUUUUGCAAAUGAUCAAGAAAGGUUUUUUCAGAGUUGGGGCCAGUCAUUUUUGAAGCUAACUAGCAUUGGAGUGAAAACAGGUGAGGAAGGUGAAAUUCGGCAAUUUUGCUCGGUGACUAAUGGAUGA